AUGCCAUCCUUCACAAUCCAACCCCCAACCCCAGCCCAUGCAAUCCUCAGCUACCCAGCACCCCACAUCCUCCUGGUGACACUAAACCGGCCGCGCGACCUAAACUGCAUAAACACCCAAGGCCACGCAGACCUACACGAAGUAUGGGAAUGGCUCGACGAAGAGCCCAGUCUCCGCGUAGGCAUCCUCACAGGAACGGGACGGGCAUUCUGCGCCGGCGCCGAUCUAAAAGAAUGGAACAACCGCACUUCAUCGGAAUCCAGUUCCAAAUCCAGCGUUAUGCCCAAUAGCGGAUUCGGCGGGCUGGCCCGCCGAAAAGGCAAGAAGCCGGUGAUCUGUGCGGUGAAUGGACUCUGUCUCGGCGGGGGAACGGAGAUGAUUAUCAACAGUGAUAUUGUGGUUGCGUCGGCAAAGGCGGUUUUUGCGCUGCCGGAGGUGAAGAGGGGGGUUGUGGCGCUGGCUGGUGCGUUGCCGCGGCUGGUGCGGACUGUGGGGAAGCAGCGGGCUAUGGAGAUGGUUUUGACGGGGCGGAUGGUUGGGGCGGCAGAGGCGGAAAAGUGGGGGCUUGUUAAUUGGAUUGUGGAGGGGGAGAAGGAGGAGGAGAUUGCGAGGGCGGUUGUGGAGAAGGCUUUGGGGGUUGCUGGGGAGAUUGCAGGGAAUAGUCCUGAUUCGGUGUUGGUUAGUCGGGAGGGGGUGAAGUUGGGGUGGGAGGGGAUUGGGGCGGAUGAGGCGACUUCGAUGUUGAAUGAGACUUGGGUGAAGAGGUUGUAUGAGGGGGAGAAUAUCAAGGAGGGAUUAUUGGCUUUCGUGGAGAAGAGGAAGCCUGUUUGGGUAGAUAGUAAGUUAUGA